AUGGAUUUGGGUAGAAAACAAGCAAAAAAUUUUACUAAUCCCAUAAAUACGACGAGGAUUAAAUGGAAAGAAUCGAAUUAUGAUAAAGAGGAUAACGUGCCGUAUAUAGCAGGAUUUUUCGAGAGCGAAAAUUCCAAUGUUUUAGAUGAAAACGCGAAGGUUUUUUAUUAUAAUGAAAUGGCGAAAAGCGUCGUUGAUAGAGAGGUUAUGGAAAGAAAUGGGGCGACUAAAAAUGAAGGGAAAAGAGAAAAAAAUUUAAAUUACGAUGGGGAAGUUGUUAAAUUUAAAACGGAUAAUGAUACAUUAAAAUUUGAAGAUGUUAAAGAAGAAGAAUCUGUGAAUGAUGCCGUUGAUAAAAUAAUUGAUUUCGAAGAACCUCUUAAUUGCACUGAGGAGGAAGCAAAAGGAAUCGGUUUAAAAGCUAUGAAAUGUCUUGCUUAUGAUUUACGAAACGUUAAAAACAGUGAUAACAGAGAAUUUUUAAUCAAACGAGUUAAAAAGAUUGUGUUGAUUUGGUUUUGUGUCUAUUUAGCGAUUGCUGUUCCAUUAUGGUGCGAAAAAGGUUGGUGUUGUUGUUGCUUCUUUUGUAACUGUUGUAAACCGCAAAAACGUAUCGACAAGAUUAAGAAAUUUCUUGUGGAAAAUCCCGUGGGCGUUUUGAAAACUCCUAAGGGUGUAAUUAGGAAAUUUAAACCGACACCUUACGAGAAAUAUACUCAAAAGAAAUUAGAACAAGCCAUAAUGAAAUUAUAAAUAGAAAUAAAUGGGACCAAUUUUCAC